AUGACAUCGGAGCAGAAGAUGUUAGAAAAUGAAUACGACUCAUCUUAUGAAAUUGAUAAUCAAAGCGAAUAUAAUAACAUUACCGAGGAAUCACUAGCUGAAGAAGCGAAGGAAAUACUCAGUGGUCAUGUGCAAAAGCGGAUAGAUUCUGUUGAGACUAUUCUCUCAUCUCAAAAGCAUCAAAGUACUAAUUCAGUUUUCAUUCCACCUACACUUGCGAGAAGUGUUUCAACAGACACAAUACUUGUUACAGCGUCUCCUACAAAAGAUUCACUCGUAUUGCCACAUCGCCGUUCCUAUCUGAACAUUGGUGAAACGAAAGAAGAAAACAAAAGGCUCAAGGCUGAAGUAUAUGAUUUGAGAUUACAAUUGUUUUCUUCAAAGCAAAAUGGCAUUAAAAGAAAGGAUGCAACACAGGAACUUGAAGAACUUCAAAAAGAUCUUCUUGAUGAAAAGCUUCGCAACGUAGAGUGUAAAGAAAAAUGGAACUCUCUGGAACAGAAAUAUAUUGAGGAGAGAACGAAAUGGGAGGAAGAAAAAAACGAGAUUCAGAAAAGAUGUCAGCAACUUCUUUCGACUAAAGAAGAACUUGAAACUCAGUUGAAAGAGUUUUACCAUCAAGAAAAACAUCUUGAAAAUGAUGACGGUAACGAAAGCCAGGUUGGUAGUUCACUUAGCACCAUCUCCAUAACUUCCGAUAGGGACAUGGAGAUCCAGAAACUACGUUCGGCAGUGUUCCAGUCAAAUAUUAAUGAGAAAAAGUUGCGAAUGAAGAUGGAAACAGAAAUAACCGAACUUCAAAACAAGUUGAAACAUGCUCAAGAUGAUCUUUCUGCACAAGGGGAUUAUCUAAGAAAAGAAAAGAUACGUUGCGAAUCGUUAAAAGAUGAAAUAUUAGCACUCCGACAGUCUGCUGAAGAUGCAAUACAACAGGUAGAAGAUCAACAAAAGAAAUUCAGACAGGAACUAGAGCAAGCUCAAGAUGCUCAUAAUGUUGCCUUGAAUAAGCGAGAUCGUACUAUACGUAUAUUGUUAAGAAAAAUUAAGUUAAACGCUGCUGCGACACCUCCAUCCUCGGAGAUUGAAAAUAUCGAUCUAGACACACCUCAAAGUAUCACGCAAGAUUUGAAUCCUUAUGUUAAACAAUUGCUGCAUCAAAUCGAUGAGUUUUCUACCGAGAAUGAUGCAAUUCGGAAAGAAGUAUUACAAUUGGGUGCUCUAGGGAUUGACUUUACGUCAGAAAGUGGUCGUAGUAAGACGUCGUUAAUGACUGAGGAACGUUUAUGGGACACUGAUCGCUGCGAUCAUGAGAACGAAAAAUUGGCAGCACUCUUAGCCGAAAAUCGACCUAUUCCUGAUGAUUCAGACAAGGAAGAAAUGGAAAAAAAGCUUGUCUUGUUCGAUGCUGUCAGAAGCUUUUCAGACAGAGAUUCAGAAGUUCUAGAAGGUGCAAUGCAAAGCAAAAACGCUACUGAACUGCUAAAUAUUACUUCGGCUGGUGAUCUUUUGAACAAAUCUUUGACAGUAACAGAAGAUCUUAUAGAGAUUAAAAAGAAACUCAAGAUUUUCCAGUCAGCUUCCUCACGUCUUUUCGAAAAAUUGCGUGGGACAGCUAAUUUUUUGCAAGGUCUUCUUGACGAAUUGGGAGUUCCGGAACGGGGCAGAGCAUUGCUGGCAGAAAUAGAGUCAUUUCGCAUCGAUCUUGAUCAGUCAUUGAAGACAGCUCUCAGUAUCAGUCGUAAUGUUGAAGCCGCUGAAGAAAGUAUGGGGGAUUUCUCUUCUCAUUUGCAGCGAUCAUUAAAUAUAUCAUCUGUUCUUUCUGAUCAAAUUGAGAGCGUAGUAGUCCCUUCAUGCUCGCAUGAAAUGUACCAAAAUGUAGUAUUGGCAAGCGAAAAGAUGAGGACAAAUGAAUUGACGGAAAGAAAUAACAAGCUGCAAUUGCAAAUUGAUGAUCUGGAAAAUGUGCGGCAAAUGCUAAUUGAACAGAUAAACGAUAUGAAAGUAAAUAUGGAAAAUAAACAGGAUGAGAUACUACAGGCAAUGAAAGAUUUAGAAGCUCAGUUGAAGAACAAGAGUCAAGAAUAUGAAGCACUGCAUGAGGAGUGGCAGAACUUGCAGCUAGUAAUGGAAGAAAGAGAAACUAUUGCUGCGGAAAAAAAGACCGAGAUGCAAUGUAUGAUAGAUAAACAAUCACUGAAAUGUCGAGAUUUGGAAAUAGAAGUUGUAGAAUUAAGCAAGAUCAUCAAAAUGAGAGAUGAUUAUAUAGAGGCUAUUUCUAAUUUGGAUAAUGAAAUAUGUAAAGUGGUAACUGAUGCAGAGGAAAAGUUGCACAUAUCUAAUGAGCAGGCUGAUGAUAUGACGAUGAGGAUGAUGAAUGAAGAAAAAUCAACUUUAGCCCGGCUCCUACACAUCACGAAUAAUGUGAAUCAGUUGUCUAGGAUUAUUCCGUAUGUUUCUGAUUUGGAGGAACAGUUAGUCACACUAAAAAAGAAUUUUGAUAAAUCAAAACAAAGUAACGAUGAUAUAAAUCAGAAAUGCAAGGUUUUGGGCCAUCGUAACACAAUUUUGGAGAAUGAUAGGUUAGUAAAAACGAUGUGGGAUCUUGAAGCUAAGUACGACCAGCUGGUUGUGAAACAGAGCGACCAUUUAUUUUUGAACAAGUAUCCGAAAAAUCAAACAGUGGGAGUUGGCACCAUGACUUCCUUAUCUGCUCAAGAUCUUAUUGAAUUAGUGGAAAAAAAAGAAAUAUUCACUGAUUUUGCAUCGCGGAUGUUUUCUCUCGCUGCCACGUGGAAUAAAGAUAAAAAUGCUGAAAUCGAGUCUCCGUAA